ACCAUCCACCUUCGACGCCGACUGUUUACGGGGAAAGUAGUUCGUCUUUCAGCCCAGAAAACAAACAGGCCUGACCAACAUGUCGUCUUAGGAGAGAAGUGGGAAUACUAUGCAGAGCAGCGGCUACAUGACGUCUUUCUACAAAUACUCUUUAUUUUCAGUGGAUUUUGAAUCGCCCACAGGAUAGAGAGCGACGCUUCCGCGGAAGGAUAAAGAGCAACAAGAUGGGAAAUGUGAUACUGAUGGUGCUUCUGCUGGUUCACCUGCCGACAGAGCUGCUGUCCAUCCAGGUGAUAGUCCCAGAGACAGAGAGGCGUACGACUCUGUUCGCCUCAGUGAUUCUGCGCUGUGACUACACAACCUCAGCAAACCCUCAGGAUGUCCUGGUCACCUGGAGAUACAAGUCCUUCUGUAAAGACCCAGUGCUGGAGUUCUACUCUACAGGUUAUCAGGCUGCUCUGCAGCUGGGUCAGGACCCGUCCAACGACUGCCCGGACCGCCAGCGCACACUCCGCACAGUGAUCCAGAAGAGAGGCAUUAGUGAGCCAAUACUGGGUGCAGACUACAGAGAACGCAAAAUCACCAUUCGAAACAACGCUGACCUGGUCAUCACUGAGGUGAUGUGGUGGGAUAACGGUGUGUAUUUCUGCAGCAUCGAUGCUGCUGGUGACACGACAGGGGACUCAGAUCGUGAGGUCAAACUCAUCGUGUACCACUGGCUGACAGUCCUGCUGAUCAUCCUCGGUGCCCUCCUGCUCAUCAUGCUUUUGUGCAUAUGUUGCUGUCAGUGCUGCCCACAGAAGUGCUGCUGCUACGUCCGCUGCCCGUGUUGUCCGCAGACAUGCUGUUGCCCGGAAAAAGCUGUGAUGCAGCACAGGAUGAUGCAAGAGGCUCAGAAGGCUAUGGCUCCUUGGAUGACUGGCCAACCCAUCUACGCUCCCAUCAGCUCCAAUGCCUCCUCCCAGGGCGUCCCCAUAUUGUAUUCAGGCUCAUACUCAGACUAUCCUGUCAAACAAAACUUUGCCAUGGCUCCCAUGCAGCUGUCCCCCAUGGCCCUGCAGCAGCAGCCCCCUCCUCCUCCUCCUCGCCAUAUGAACGGCAGUGUGCAUAGCGGCAUUCAAGGUAACAACCAGGUGUUAGACUACCUGGAGAACCAGGUGAGAGGGCUGGAUAUUGUGUCACCUCAAAUGGCUCCGCAAACAGUCCACAGUAUGCAUCCAUCACAGCCUUAUCAUCACCUACAGCCCCAGCCGGCACCUCCAGCAGUUCCCUACACACCCGGGCCCCCAAGUAUGUUGUCUGCCCUGGAUGAGAUGGGGGUGAGAGGGAUGGAGAGAAGGGUGAUCACCCUGCCUCCUAUAGUUCAACGCGUGCCCAGCUUCUCCUCUCGGAGGGAGCCUGGAGGUGGAGAUGGAGCCCGGGGUGGCCCCAGGGUCUCUAGUCAGUCCAGUGGGAGUACAAAUCGCUCUGGAGGAGGUGCCCAACACAACGGUCGUAGGUAUAGAGACAGAGAUGUCUCCCCUCCCAGGCGGGGGAUCUUGCGUGAUUACAGCGAUGACUCUGAUUGGGACAACAGACGAGGAAGAACCCAGCACAAGGGUUCAAGAAAUGAGAGAGGAGGCUCAGCAGGGAGGAGAGGAGGUGGAUCCAGACCGCGAACCCGAAGUCGGGACGAUCUGCUGGAGGAGCUGCACAGCAGAGCAACUCGGAGGGAGAGGAGCUAUUCACCUCCUCAGCACCGCAAAGGGUCGUGGAGCUCCGAUGAAGAGGACAGCAGGAGACAAGCAGGAGGAAAAGGGAAGGAUUGGCCAGAGAAGCCACCCAGCUACUUCUCCAUUGAUGUUGGGCCUGGAAACAGCAACGGCCGGAGGAGCCACAACCGCCUUUCUGAUAGGAGCUCCCGUAGCGGCACCAGCGUAGUCAUCUAAAGCAUUUCCAUCUUUUUUUUACCUUUUCCUGAAUGUUUCCAGAACGGUGCAAAUGAAGACAAACAGCAGGUAACUUAAUCUGUUCAAUCAGAGUGCAAGGACAUAGUUUUUGUUUUGUAUUAAAUGUAUUGUUUGGAUAACCUUUUACUCUGUAUGCAUUGUAAGUAGUUGCAACAAAAAACAUGAUUUUUACAUAUGAAGAAAGACAGUUGAGUUAUAUUAAGCCUGGCCUCUUGUUAUUUAGAUGAUUAAUGUGUGGGAGUCUUUCUCCUAGUUGAAUUAAAUGUAAUUUGUGUGACUUUUUCUUCUGGUGAUGGAUGAGUAUCCUCUUUUGGUGUGUAAGUAAACAUUUUAACAGUUUCAAGCAGAUUGUUGCGUUCGGUUUGUCUUCGUGAACAUGUUAUGUGUGUUUUUGCAGACAGAUAUGUGAUAUGAGUGCAUUUGUUUUUUUUAUAUAAUUUCUUAUUUUUGCAUAAUUUCUUGUACUAUUUAAAGUGUAUUUUCUUUUUGCCUUUAUCCAUAAUAACAUUAUUAGACUGUAACAGCCAUGGAAACUACGCUAUGUGGACAUUUAAAGGACGAUGGACAGAGUUAAUGGACACUGACUGUAGCUCUUGCUGUACGUAUUGGAUGAAGACCAAAAUAUAAUUGAUGAUUUUCCUUGAUGUUGGCUUUGGUCACAAACAUGAAUACAGAUGCACCGUCAUGAAAUGUGUGUUUUUAAUAAACCUUUUUAGAUACA